AUGCCUCCUUCGCAGCUCAAGAGGUUAAAAGCCUCCCUACGGGAGCAGGGACUCGUUGGACCACAGCAAUCGAAGAAACAGAGAAAGCAAAAUGCGCAAAAUGGCGUCAAUAAAGAAAAGAGGGUGCACAAGAAGGCGGCCCUCGAGGGUAUUCGAGAGCAAUUUAAUCCGUUCGAGUUUAAGCUCUCUGGAAAGCCGCAGAAAUUCGAAGUUACAACCAGCAAGCCCAAAGAAAUAGGCCUUGUGAGGAGACCAGGUCUUGCCAAAGGUCUGACCGAGGAGAGGCUUGCCAAAGCGUACGAGCUCGAUAUGAUACGCCGGAGGAAAGUGGGCGGCAUUGUGGAUAAACGUUUUGGAGAAAAUGACCCUUCAAUGGCCCCCGAGGAAAAGAUGCUAGAACGAUUCACAUUCGAAAAGCAACGGCAUCACAAAUACAGCUCAGCAUUCGAUUUGGAGGACGACGAUGCCCAAGGCGAGCUUACACAUAUGGGCAAAUCUCUUUCGCUGGACGGUCCUGCUAUCGUGGACGACUUCGACGAAGGGGACUUGGAGUUAUCGGAUGCUGGGGACCACCCUUCUGAUGAAGAAGGGCAAGCGCGAAAACGCCGCCGUUCAUCCGCUGCUGGCGAAGGGGAGGAGGGCGCAGAUGAGGAUGAACAACAGCUGCCGGAGCGAAAAAAGUCGAAAAAUGAGGUCAUGCAGGAGGUGAUCGCAAAAUCCAAGUUCCAUAAAUAUGAACGACAGAAUGCCAAGGAUGAGGAUGAGGAUCUCCGAGAGGAGUUAGAUAAAGAGUUGCCGAAUAUCCAUGCAUUACUUCGAGGCAUUGCACCCAGAGCCCCGCCUGCUCCUGCAGAAAUAGUACCAGGAAUGAAUCCAGACCGCGCGGCUCUCCUGAGCGGGGCUGACAAGACCAAGUUUGAUAAGGAGUAUGAUUUGCGGCUGAAGCAAAUGGUUCUGGACAAACGGGCAAAACCAACACAACGAACGAAGACUGAGGAUGAGAUUAUCGAAGAAGAAUCAAGGAAACUGCAAGAGUUGGAAGCGAAACGACAACGCCGCAUGGAGGGUGCUCCUGAAAGCGGCGAUGAAGAGGAUGUCGGUGAUAUGGAAGUAGAGGAAUACGACGAGGAUGAGUUUGGCCUUGGAUCUGGUAUUAACGCCCGUCCCACCAUGGCUGAGUUAGGUGUUGAAGAUGAGGAUGAUUUCCUCAUCGACGAUGACUUAGUGGCGAGUGGAUCCGAACUAGAGCUUUCAGACGAGGAGGCAUCGAGUGACGAGGCCGAUGAAGCAGAAGAAGAGGAGGAUACGGAUUUCCUCAAAGGUUUAUUAACGGAAGAGGAGAGCAAACGGCCCGAAUUUCUCACAGGCGCAAAUGCCCCCAUUGACGAGACGGACCUACCUGUCAAAAACGGUGUUAAUGGAGACUUGGCUUACACAUUCGACUGUCCUGAAUCUCACAAACAACUUCUCGAAAUUACUAAAGGCAUUGCACUAUUGGAUCUCCCAACGGUUGUCCAGCGAAUCAGAGCGCUUUACCAUCCUAAAUUGAAGGCUGAGAAUAAGGAAAAGCUGGGCCGCUUUGCCCUCUCCUUGAUCGACCACAUCUUCUACCUCCCCAAUCAACCAAACCGACCACCAUUCUCAGUCCUGGAAACCCUUAUUCGUCAUAUACACUCCUUGUCAAAGACUUAUACCGUAGCAAUCGCCAACUCAUUCCGUGGUUAUCUUGAAGACUUACACCAAUCGCGGUCUUUGUCCCCAACCGCAGGAGAUUUGGUGAUACUCACAGCGAUUGGGAGUAUCUUCCCAACAUCGGAUCACUUCCAUCAGGUGGUUACUCCAGCCAUUCUGAGCAUGGGCCGAUAUCUUGGGUUAAAGGUGCCUCGGUCACUAUCAGACUACGCAACCGGGGCGUACAUGUGCACGUUGUGCUUACAGUACCAAAGACUAUCAAAACGCUACGUACCGGAGGUAGUGACUUUCAUCGAGAAUGCUCUCUGCGCAUUAGCCCCCACAAAGCUCUCCAAGCCGCCUGGAAGCUUCCCAUAUCAUGAGCCGAAGACUCCCGUUCGGAUACAAAACUCAACUGGAUCUCCAAGACAGCUUUCUCUAUACGACGGCGUCGCUCAAGAACUAUCAGAGGAGGAUGAAGCGUCUCUAAAAGCAGCAUUGCUAGACACAAACUUGAGCCUCGCCGAAGUCGCUGCCGAUACAUGGACUGGCAAAUCUUCAUUCCUAGAAAUCUUUGAACCUGUCUUAAAGAUCCUCCAACAUCUAGGGACCAAGAGUUGCCAGUCCAGGCUCUCUUCCAAUACCCAGAAACGUGUCACAAAACUCACCCAAAAAUUCACCCUCCUCCUCAAAAGCGCCCAAGUCGCGCGCCGUCCUCUAGAACUCCACCACCACCGCCCACUUGCCAUCAAGACCGCAAUCCCCAAGUUUGAAGAAUCAUUCAACCCAGACAAGCAUUACGACGUUGACCGUGAGCGUGUUGACGCUGCCAAACUCAGAAAGGAAUACAAGAGAGAGAAGAAGGGUGCCAUCAGAGAGUUGAGGAAGGAUGCUGCGGUGGUGGCGAGAGAGAGUCUAAGAGAGAAGAGAGAACGAGAUGAGGCAUAUGAGAAGAAGUAUAAGAGGCUAGUGGCGGAGAUUCAGGGUGAGGAGGGGAAGGAACAAAAGGCUUAUGAGAGGGAAAAGGAGUGGAGGAAGAAGGGGAGGAAGUAA